UCGAAAUGCUCCUUCGGCUUCGAAUUGGGGUUUAAGCUUUCUUUGUAAACUUCUGGCGUUGGCUUUCUACGUUUCUAUGGCUUCAACAUUUGUCUCUCUUUCUUCUUCCAUAGCCUGCUCUCCAAUUCCCCAUGCCAAAUCCAACCCUAUUUUUCAGGUAACUCGUUGCUCAACCUCAUUGAAGGAAGUUGAAUUCCCUUCUUUAUCAGAAACAUCGUUUUCUGAUGGUAAGAGGAAUAAACCAAUCAGAGGCAAGAAGAACAAGAAUAAGAACAACGAUAAGGCCUUGGUCCACACACUCGCUGAAACCUUUACAUAUUGCAUUCAUAAGAAGCAGUGGCUUAAAGCACUUGAGUUCUUUGAUAUUCUUAGAGAACAACCUUAUUAUGAACCCAAAGAAGUGACGUAUGUGAAACUCAUUGUGUUGCUCGGAAAAUCUGGCCAACCCCAUUGUGCACAUCAGCUUUUCGAUACUAUAAAAGAGGAUGGAUGUGAAACUACUGGACUUUAUACUGCCUUAAUUGCAGCGUAUUGUCGGAACUACCUGAUUGAUGAGGCAUUUCUUGUUCUUGACAAGAUGAAGAACCUCCCUCACUGCCAUCCUGAUGUUUCCACUUACAGUACCCUAAUAAAAGCAUGUGUAAAUGCUCUGAAAUUCGAAUUAGUUGGGUUUCUGUCUGAAGAUAUGGCCGAAAGAUCGAUCAUGCUGAACACUGUCACUCAGAAUAUUGUCCUUAACAGUUAUGCUAAUGCUGCGAUGUUUGAUCAGAUAGAAAAACUGUUGUCAUUUAUGAUGGAGAGCGCUGCAUGCAAGCCUGAUGUAUUUACAAUGAACACGGUUAUUGGUGCCUUUGGUAAACGGGGUGAGAUUGUUAUGAUGGAGAAAUGGUAUGAAAGGUUAUGUAACUUUGGAGUACAACCGGAAACAUAUACUUUUAAUAUUUUGAUUGGAGCUUAUGGAAAGAAAAGAAUGUAUGAUAAGAUGUCAUCUGUUAUGCAGCAAAUGCGCAAGUUACAAUGUCAGUGGACAGUUGCAACUUAUAACAAUGUGAUCGAAGCAUUUGCGGAUGUCGGUGAUGUUAAAAGCAUGGAACAUACAUUUGAUCAGAUGCAUGAAGAGGGUAUCAAACCUGAUACUAAGACUUUCUGCUGCCUUAUCACGGGUUAUGCCAACGCGGGUAUUUUCUAUAAAGCAGUUAGCAGUGUUCGUUUGGCUGGGAGGUUUCGGAUACCGGAGAAUACUUCUUUUUAUAAUGCUGUCAUAUUUGCAUGCUCAAAGGCUGAGGAUUUGAUGGAAAUGGAAAGGGUUUUCAACCGUAUGAAAGAAAAACAAUGCCAACCAGAUGACACAACUUACUCUGUAAUGGCUGAGGCAUAUAGUAAACAAGGAAUGAAUGACAAGAUCUACUAUUUGGAGCAGGAAAAGAUGAGGACGUUAAUUGAUGACAAAAUUAAGUAAGCCUGAUGAUGAAGUGGUUGAUUGAUAUGUGGUCUAGAAAUGAGUGUGUUAAUCCAUCUUUCUGGUGCAACUGUAUUUUUUUCCCGUUUUGUGGAAGAAACAAAUGAUCAACUUGGUAGGCAAGCUUCCUUUCACA